CGAGCUAGAGAGGGAGAGUGGGAGAGAGAAAGAGAGGGAGGGAGAGAGAGAGAGAGAGAGAGAGAGAGAGAGAGAGAGAGAGACGCGCGCAGAGAAGGAGCAGGUCUGCAGUCUGAAUCUUGGCGUCGCACAGACCCGAGACGACGCUGUGGCCAAGCGCUGCGAUACUUGGAAUACAUACAUACCGCAUAUUUCUCUCCGUACAGAAAGAUCACUGACUGCACUCCAAUGUUGGUCGAGAACUUCUAAAACGGGGCGUUUUUUUUCUUUUCAUUCUUGGAUCCGGAUAACCUCUGUGGCUCUCCAUCUCCAUCAUUCGUCGUUCGUUCCUUUGAAUCUCGGUCUAAUGACGAGUUUAAACGUGGAUUAUCGGCACCGCAAAUGUUGUUAUUAAAGGGAGCUAAAUUAAAGAGAAGGACAAAUAAGUGCGGCAGGAUAAACUGAAGGAGGGAUCUCCUGCUUUUUGGCGUGUGUCCGGUAAAUAUCUAUUGCAUAUGUGGAGCGGACUAGGGAUUUUCGUGAUUUUUUACGCGUGUGGUAGAUCAGUGACCACUUGAAUCACGUUUCCCCCUUCGGUUUGCCUUCCCUCCUUUCCCCCCUUUAGGUGUGAAAUCUAUCUUCUCAGACAGAGACUCUGAACCCCUCGGUGCCCGCAUGACAUGGUUCAGUCCAGCUGCGAGAUCCGAGCCUCCUCCAUGCAUUGGGAUUUUUCUCAGCGCCGACACCGAGUGAAUCUCCCUUUUUUGACCAUCUGAGAACUAUCGUGCCUGCCAGAUCAGAGUAAAAAAGCCCUGCCAUGACCGCCGCUUCAAACCGGGACGGAGCAACGGGACUUGAGAGGAGACAGGAAUGCGCAUGCAGGAAAGGGGACGGAAUACGGAUUUUUGCUCUAAUGAAGGCGGGAGUGCAGGCGCACCAUUGGAGCCGGGUGCUGUUCUUAUAUAUGGGGCUACUGGCCGCCUCAGUAAAGGCUCAGAACUGCAGUUACACACUACACAGUCCCAAUGGGACAAUAGAGAGCCCCGGCUACCCUUACGGUUACCCUAACUAUGCCAACUGUACAUGGGUGAUUGUGGCAGCUGAGCACAACCGGAUACAGCUCGUGUUUCAAGGCUUCGCCCUAGAGGAGGACUUUGACAUCUUGUCUGUAUAUGACGGGCCACCUAGCCCGGGGAACCUGCGGACAAGGUUAACAGGGUUCCAGCUGCCUUCACCCAUUGUGAGUACAGGCUCUAGGCUCACACUGUGGCUACUGUCUGACUAUGCGGUCAGCGGACAGGGAUUCAAAGCCGUCUAUGAAGCUCUGCCCAGCUACACUUGUGGUAAUCCUGGACAGCUACUCAAUGGCCACCAGCAGGGGUCCACGUUCAACAUCGGGGACAAAAUCCGCUACAGCUGCAGCCCGGGCUAUGUGCUGGAGGGUCACACCACCCUGUCCUGCCUUGCCACUUCAGCGGGUACUGCUGCCUGGGAUUUUCCUCUUCCCUACUGCAGAGCGGAUGAUGGGUGUGGCGGGACACUGCGGGGCCAGAGUGGGGUGAUCACCACUCCCAAUUACCCAGCUGAGUACAACAACAAUGCUGACUGCACCUGGACUGUGCUAGCCGAGCCAGGAGACACCAUUGCCCUGGUUUUCUCUGACUUUCAGCUUGAGGACGACUACGACCUUCUGGAGGUCAGCGGCACUGAGGGCUCUUCUCAGUGGUUCACUGGCCCCAACCUCCCCUCACCCAUCAUUAGCAGCAAGAACUGGCUUAGACUGCACUUCACCUCUGAUGGCAACCACAAGUUGAGAGGUUUCAGCGCCCAGUACCAAGUGAAGAAGAUGACUGAACUUAAGUCUCGAGGUGUAAAGAUGUUGCCUAGCAAAGACAACCACCACAAGAUAUCCGUGUUGUCUCAGAUGGGUGUAGCGCAGGGGCACAACAUGUGUCCAGACCCGGGGAUCCCGGAUCGAGGAAAAAGAAAAGGUUCAGACUUCAGGCGAACAGCCACAGUGCAUUUCUCCUGCGACGAGGGGUAUGAACUGCAAGGCUCGAAGAGCAUCAUUUGUCUCAGAGUGACAGACAGCUAUGUAGGCUGGAGUGACGAUCGGCCCAUCUGCAGAGCACCAAUGUGUGGAGGUCAGUUGAAAGGGCCGGGCGGAGUCAUCACAUCUCCAAACUACCCUGUCCAGUACGACAACAAUGCUAACUGCACUUGGGUCAUCACAGCCACAGACACAUCUAAGGUGAUCAAGCUGACAUUUGAGGAUUUUGACCUGGAGCGAGGCUAUGACACCCUGACUGUGGGAGACGGCGAGGUGGUGGGAGACCAGAAGACCAUCUUCCAUGUCCUGUCUGGUACCACCACUCCAGACCUUGUGGUUAGCACCAGUCACCAGAUGUGGCUCAAUUUCAAAACAGAUGACACCAGUGGCUCCCUGGGCUUCAAGGUGUCUUACGAAGAAAUCGACCAAGGCAGUUGUGGAGAUCCUGGAAUCCCAGCUUAUGGCAAACGGGAGGGGACAGGUUUUCGUCACGGGGACAGACUCUACUUUGAGUGUCUGCCUGCCUUUGAGCUGGUGGGAAAGAAGAACAUCACCUGUCAGAAGAACAACCAGUGGUCGGCGAAGAAACCCAGCUGUGUUUUUUCCUGUUUCUUCAACUUUACUACUCCAUCCGGGGUGCUGCUGUCUCCCAACUACCCUCAGGAGUACGGCAACAAUAUGCACUGUGUGUGGCUGAUCAUCACCAACCCUGAGAGCCGAAUCAAUCUGGCCUUCAACGACCUCAGCAUGGAGAAACAGUUUGACUUCCUCUCGAUCAAGGAUGGGGGAAAGGCUGAGUCUCCUAUCCUGGGAACCUUUUCCGGUGACGUCCUGCCUCCCUCUAUAACAACUAGUGCCCAUGUGGCCCGACUGGAGUUCCUGACUGACCACACCUACACAGACAGAGGCUUUAACAUCACAUUUACAACAUUCCGCCAUAAUGAGUGCCCAGACCCUGGUGUGCCAGUGAAUGGGAAGCGCUUUGGUGAGAGCCUUCAGCUAGGCAGUUCCAUCUCAUUCCUGUGCGAGGAGGGCUUUGUUAAGACCCACGGCUCGCAAACCAUCUCCUGCAUUCUCAAGGAUGGCAAUGUGGUCUGGGAUAAUGCGGUUCCCCGCUGUGAAGCCCCAUGCGGAGGGGAUCUGAAGGCUCCCAGCGGGAUCAUCCUCUCCCCUGGCUGGCCAGAACUCUAUAAAGAGGCCCUUAACUGUGAAUGGAUCAUUGAGGCUCCUCCAGGCUACCCCAUCAAGAUCAUCUUCGACAAGUUCCGCACUGAAGUCAACUAUGAUGUCCUUGAGGUGCGCGAUGGCCGCUUUCCAUCUUCACCUCUAAUUGGUAGUUACCAGGGCACCCAGGUUCCACAGUUCCUCAUCAGCACCUCCAACUUCCUGUUUCUCCUCUUCUCGACUGACAAGAGCCACUCUGACAUCGGCUUCCGCAUACGUUACGAAACUCUGCAGUUACAGUCAGAUCACUGCGUGGACCCCGGUAUACCUGUCAACGGACAGCGACACGGCAAUGACUUCUAUGUGGGCGCUUUGGUGACAUUUAGCUGUGAGGCAGGGUACACACUUAGUGACACGGAGCCAUUAGAAUGUGAACCCAAUUUUCAGUGGAGCCGCCCCCUGCCUAGCUGUGAUGCAUUGUGCGGAGGUUAUAUCCAGGGCAACUUUGGUACCAUCCUGUCACCUGGCUUCCCAGACUUUUACCCGCACAACCUGAACUGCACAUGGAUAAUCGAGACCUCCCAUGGCAAAGGUGUCCAGUUCACCUUCCACACCUUCCACCUUGAGAGCCCUCAUGACCAUUUGUUGGUGACAGAGAACGGUAGCUUCUCUCAGCCCCUGUGGAAACUGACAGGCUCUACACUGCCUCCGCCUCUAAGCGCAGGGCUGUUUGGAAACUACACAGCUCAGAUCCGCUUCCUCUCUGAUUUCUCUGUUUCCUACGAGGGAUUCAACAUCACUUUCUCAGAGUAUGAUUUGGAGCCAUGCGAGGAUCCUGGAAUCCCUCCCUACAGUACCAGAAAAGGCCUGCAGUACGGAGUGGGCGACGCUCUCAUUUUCUCCUGUUUCCCGGGUUACCGACUGGAGGGUCCGGCGAGGGUGAUUUGCUUAGGGGGCAGGAGGCGGGUGUGGAGCUCCCCUCUGCCAAGGUGUGUUGCUGAAUGCGGCUCAUCCGUGACCGGCAUGCAAGGGGUGCUGCUCUCGCCCAACUACCCUGGUUACUACGGCAACAACCACGAGUGUAUCUACUCCAUCCAGACGCAGCCUGGCAAAGGCAUCCAGCUUCGAGCACGGGACUUCAGACUGGAGGAGGAUGACAUGCUUAAAGUCUUUGAUGGCAGCAGUAAUAAGGCUCGUCUGCUGGGGGUGUUUACAGGCAACGAGCUGCUAGACACAACCCUGAACUCCACCUCCAGCUCCAUGUGGCUGGAGUUCAUCAGCAAUGCGGAUAACACCAGUAAAGGCUUUGAACUGCACUUUAUUAGUUUUGAGCUGGUGAAAUGUGAGGAUCCAGGUGUUCCCCAGUUCGGCUACAAGCGGGAGGACAAGGGUCAUUUUGCAGGGAGCACCGUGUCGUAUAGCUGCGACCCAGGCUACACCCUGAAAGGCCCCGAGGCGCUCACCUGCCUGAGGGGGGAAAGGAGGGCAUGGGACAGCCCCCUCCCACUCUGUGUUGCGGAGUGCGGGGGCAGCAUCAAGGAUGAGCCCUCUGGUCGUAUCCUGUCUCCGGGCUACCCAGCUCCAUAUGAGCACAACUUGCACUGUAUGUGGACCGUUGAGGCCGCUCCUGGAAGCACUAUCAGUCUACAUUUCCUGGUUUUUCACACGGAGGAAGUCCACGAUGUGCUUCGGAUCUGGGAUGGGCCCCAGGAUGGAGGGGUCCUGCUGAGGGAGCUGAGUGGCUCAGCCCUUCCCCCAGAUGCCCACAGCACCUUCAACACUGUCAGCCUGCAGUUCACUACUGACUUCUUCACAAGCAAGCAGGGUUUCGCUCUGCAGUUCUCUGUCUCUACUGCAACCUCCUGCAAUGACCCGGGCAUGCCUACUAAUGGGACCCGCAGCGGGGACAGCAGGGAGCCCGGGGACCAUGUGGCGUUCCAAUGUGAUCCUGGCUACAUCCUGCAGGGAGCCAACAGGAUCACCUGCACUGAAAUCAACGGUCGCUUCUUUUGGCAGCCAGACCCUCCGACAUGUGCAGCUCCAUGUGGCGGGAACCUGACAGGUCCUAGUGGACUAAUUCUGUCUCCAGACUAUCCUGAACCGUACCCCCAUGGAAGGGAGUGUGACUGGACAGUUACUGUCACACAGGACUAUGUCAUCGCUCUUAGCUUCAACCAGUUCAGCUUGGAGCCCAGUUAUGACUUCUUACAUAUCUACGAUGGGCCGGACUCCCUCAGCCCCUUGCUAGGUAGUUUCUAUGGCACAGACGUUCCAGAUCGCAUUGAGAGUAGCUCCAACACGCUCUUCUUGGCCUUCCGGAGUGAUGCUUCCCUCAGUAGCAAUGGAUUUGUGCUGCAGUACACAGAGAACCCCAGGGAGUCCUGCUUCGAGCCGGGGCUGGUGCGCAAUGGUACACGGGUGGGCACCGACCUCAAGCUGGGCUCCACUGUCACCUACCACUGCGACAGUGGCUACACACUAGAGGGAGACCCAACCCUCACUUGCAUCAUGGGGGGAGAUGGCAAGCCAAGCUGGAACAAACCCAAACCCAUCUGCAUUGCUCCAUGUGGUGGACAGUACUCAGGUUUGGAGGGAGUGGUCUUGUCUCCUGGUUACCCUGGCAACUACAGCAGUGCACGGACCUGUCUCUAUUCUGUAGUGGUGCCCAAGGAUUAUGUGGUCUUCAGCCAAUUCGCCUUCUUCCAGACAGCUCUGAAUGACAUUGUGGAGGUUUAUGAUGGGGCGACACAGCACUCCCGUGUUCUCAGCUCCCUUUCUGGAGCACACACAGGUGAGUCGUUGCCAUUAGCAACCUCCAACCAAAUCCUGAUCCGCUUCACCUCCAAAGGCCAAUCCAGCUCUAGAGGAUUCCACCUGGUUUACCAGGCUGUGCCACGGACCAGUGCCACCCAGUGCAGCUCAGUCCCUGAGCCCCGGAAUGGCCGCCGUAUGGGUAACAACUUUGCUGUUGGCGCCGUGAUCCGCUUUGAGUGCAGUCCAGGUUAUAUGCUGGAGGGAUCGAGUGCCAUUGAGUGUUUGACGGUUCCUAAUGCUCUGGCACAAUGGAACAGCUCCAUACCCAGCUGUAUAGUUCCAUGUGGAGGCAAUCUGACCCAUAGAACUGGCACCAUUUUAUCCCCGGGCUUUCCUGAGCCUUACCUCAACAGCCUCAACUGUGUCUGGAAGAUCACAGUCCCUGAAGGUUCAGGAAUCCAGAUCCAGGUAAUCAGCUUUGUCACAGAGCAGAACUGGGACUCACUGGAGGUGUUUGACGGAGGAGACAACACUGACACCAUGCUUGGCAGCUUCUCAGGCACCACGGUCCCAGCUCUCCUCAACAGCACCUCCAACCAACUCUACCUCCACUUUUUCUCUGAUAUUAGUGUGUCUGCGGCUGGAUUCAGGCUGGAAUACAAAACGGUGUCUCUGACCAACUGUCCAGAGCCUGUGGUUCCUAUGAAUGGCAUCAAGGUUGGGGAGCGUCUUCAGAUGAAUAAUGUGGUGUCUUUCCAGUGUGAACCUGGAUAUACUCUACAGGGGAACUCGCAUAUCACCUGUAUGCCUGGAACUGUCAGACGAUGGAACUACCCACCUCCUCUCUGCAUAGCUCAAUGUGGUGGAAUCCGGGAGGAGAUGGAGGGCAUGAUUCUCAGUCCUGGUUUCCCUGGCAACUACCCUAGCAACAGUGACUGCACCUGGAGAGUCUACCUGCCAGUUGGUUACGGAGCCCACAUGCAGUUCCUCAACUUCUCCACCGAGGCCAACCAUGAUUUCCUUGAGAUACGCAAUGGGCCCCUUGAUACAAGCGCAGUUAUCGGCCGAUUCAGCGGCCAAGAUAUUCCAUCCUCCCUUCUCACCACCUCCCAUGAGACCACAGUAUAUUUCCAUAGUGACCAUUCACAGAACAAACCGGGUUUCCGAUUCGAGUACCAGGCUUAUGAGUUACAGGAGUGUCCUGAUCCAGAGCCUUUCCGCUACGGAGUGGUGGUGGGCGCUGGCUACAAUGUGGGCCAGUCCAUUUCCUUUGAGUGUCUACCUGGGUAUCAGCUAAUGGGACAUUCCAUCCUCACUUGUGAGCAUGGCACCACCCGCAAUUGGGAUCACCCUUUCCCUCGCUGCGAAGUGCCUUGCGGUGGGAACAUCACAUCGGACAAUGGGACCAUCUUCUCGCCAGGUUACCCAGAGGAGUACCCUAGCUCAGCUGACUGCUCCUGGCUGAUCACCGUAGCUCCUGGUUUUGGCAUCAAACUCAACUUCUCCCUGCUUCAGGUUCAUGGGCCACACGACUUUAUCACCGUCUGGGAUGGACCACAGGAGACAGCCAGGAAACUGGGAGUGUUCACUGAUGGGGAGCCCAAUGACCCGCCCAGUAGUACAUCCAAUCAGGUGCUGAUACGUUUCCGUAGUAACACAGAGAAGGGUGGACUGUUUCGUAUUAGCUAUCAAGCAUACCGACUGCAGUUCUGCCUGCCACCCCCCAUCAUUCCUAAUGCAGAGAUCCUAAUGGCAAGCAAAGAGUUUAAAAUUGGUGAUAUAGUGCGCUACCGAUGCCUUGCAGGCUACCAGUUAAGUGGAAACAGCAUCCUGACCUGCCGGUUGGGGACACACUUGGAGUUCGAGGGGCCUCCUCCCUCAUGUGAUGUGACUUGUCCAAUGAAUGAGGUACUAACAGCUUCCACAGGCGUCAUCAUGAGCCAGUCACCAGGCAACGGUUUUCCCCAUUUUGAGUCCUGCUCCUGGGUGGUCAAAGUGGAACCUGGCUACAACAUCACCUUCACUAUAGAACACUUCCAGACCAGCCGUCAGUUUGAUGAGCUGGAGAUCUUUGAUGGCCCAUCAAGACAGAGCCCUCUCCUGAUUACCCUCAGUGGUAACUAUUCCAACCCACUGAGCAUCACCAGCUCCAGUAACAAAGUCUUCCUGCACUGGUCCUUUGAUCACACCACCAGCCACAAAGGCUUUCGCAUACGCUACUCAGCGGCCUACUGCAGCCCUCCAAACAAUCCUGUAAAUGGCACAGUGCACAGUCUGACAGGCACUAAGCUGGGCAGCACCCUGCGUUUCAGCUGUGACCAGGGCUUCCGGCUUAUUGGCCAGAGCAGUGCCACAUGCACCCGGACUGCACAUGGGAUCUACCAGUGGAAUGCACCAGUGCCACUUUGCCAAGUCAUGUCCUGUGGAAUGCCAGUGCCUCCAGUCAAUGGCAGUAUUGUGGGCCAGGACUUUUCUCUAGGUGCCACGGCCACAUACCAAUGUAAUCCCGGAUUUCGGCUUGCCGGGCCUGUCACCACCUCAGUGAUCUGUCAAGAAUCUGGGAGGUGGAGCCCCAUUGAGGCUCCACCCAGAUGUGUUCCUGUGACCUGCCCAGACAUUGGCCAUUCUGCUGUGGAGCAUGGGAGAUGGAGGCUGAUCUAUGGAACUCAAAACCAAUAUGACGCUAUAAUGAUGCUCAUAUGUGACCCAGGAUAUUACUACAGGGGUCAAAGGGUAAUUCGCUGCCAGGCCAACAGCACCUGGAACUACCCAGAUCCACGGCCAGUGUGCGAGAUCAUCUCCUGUGGGGACCUUGGGACUCCACCAAAUGGUAACAAGAUUGGGACACUGACUGUGUACGGAGCCACUGCCAUUUUCUCCUGCAACACGGGGUAUACCUUGGUGGGCUCUCGGGUACGAGAGUGUUUGUCCAAUGGGCUUUGGAGUGGAACACAGGUCCAGUGUCUAGCUGGCCAUUGUGGCACCCCGGAGCCUAUAGUAAACGGACAGAUCAUUGGGGAGAAUUAUAACUAUCGAGGUAGCGUCGUAUAUCAGUGUAACCCAGGAUUUCGUCUCAUCGGGGUGUCAGUGCGAAUCUGUGAACAGGAUCACCGCUGGUCAGGACGCAGUCCCGUCUGUGUCCCUAUAACAUGUGGUCAUCCUGGCAACCCUACCUUCGGUAUGACCCAAGGAACCCAGUUCAACUUAAAUGAUGUUGUGCGAUUUGUCUGCAAUACCGGAUAUGUUCUGCAGGGGGCUGUAAAAUCUGCCUGCCAGGCCAACGGGCAGUGGAGCAACGCCCUUCCCAGGUGUAAAAUUGUGAACUGUACAGAACCAGGCCAUGUAGAGAACAGCAUCAGGCAGGUUCUGCCCAGCGGGCCGCAUCGCUACAGCUUCCAGACCACUGUGUCCUACCGCUGCAACCCAGGCUACUACCUGCUGGGCACCAGCUCCAUCUCCUGUCAGGGGGACGGUACCUGGGAUCGCUCCCUGCCCAAGUGCCUGUUGGUGCUGUGUGACCGCCCCAGCAUGCCUCCCUACGCCCAGAUCUCAGGCGACCGUCGGACAGUAGGCUCAGUCAUCCGCUACAGCUGCAUCGGCCAGCGUACCAUCAUCGGCAACACAACACGAAUGUGCCAGCUGGACGGCCAGUGGAGCGGCUCACCUCCACACUGCUCUGGCGAAUCUGCCGGGCUGUGUGGCGAUCCAGGCGUUCCUGUGCAUGGUAUCCGUCUGGGAGAAGAAUUUACAGUGGGCAGUGUUGUACGCUUUAGCUGUGAGCCUGGCUAUAUGCUGAAGGGUUCACCAGAUAGAAGUUGCCUGGCCAAUGGGACCUGGAUCGGCACCCAACCUGAGUGUCAUGUGAUGUCCUGUGGAAACCCUGGAACUCCACGGAAUGCCCAAAUCCUGAUCCAUGAUGGCCUAACGUUUUCUAGAUCCAUCACUUACGCUUGCAGGGAGGGCUACUACUCUACUGGCCUGCUUACCAGACACUGCACUGUUAACGGGACCUGGACCGGCAACAUGCCAGAGUGCUCCGUAAUCAACUGUGGUGACCCUGGGGUGCCAGCCAAUGGGGUGAGGUUGGGCAAUGAUUUCACCUACAAUCACACAGUGAGUUUUCAAUGUUCUCCUGGUUUCACCAUGGAUGCUGACCGGGCCUCAACUCUCAUCUGCACCAAGGACCGCACCUGGAAUGGCACCAAACCACUCUGUAAAGCAAUCGUAUGCGGUCCACCACCCACCAUCCCUAAUGGACAGGUUGUCGGUACAGACUUCACCUGGGGCUCUAGCAUCAGCUACUCAUGCAACCAAGGUUACCAGCUGUCCCUGCCCACUGUGUUAACAUGCCAGGGCAAUGGCAACUGGAGUGGAGAGAAACCCCAGUGCUUCCCUGUGUUCUGUGGAGACCCAGGGAUGCCAGCACAGGGGAGGAGGGAGGACCGAGGAUUCACCUAUCUGUCCUCUGUCUCCUUCUCCUGCUACCCUCCCCUCGUCCUGGUGGGCUCUACUAGGAGAUAUUGUCAGUAUGAUGGCACCUGGAGUGGCACACAACCCUCGUGCAUAGAUCCCAGUCACACUACCUGUGGAGAUCCUGGCAUUCCUCUCUUUGGAAAUCAGAACAACAGCCAAGGCUACCAGAUCAGCAGCACUGUGUUCUUCAGCUGUAGAAAGGGAUACUUACUGCAGGGCUCCAUUUCUCGCACUUGUCUGCCCAACCUCACUUGGAGUGGUUUUCAGCCUGAGUGCAUCGCCCACCACUGCAGCCAGCCAGAGCUGCCGGCCCAGUCUGAUGUGAGAGCCAUUGAACUGCCUUCCCUUGGCUACACGCUGAUCUAUACAUGUCAGCCUGGCUUCUACUUGGCCGGAGGAUCAGAGCACAGGACCUGCCGGUCCGAUGGUAGCUGGACAGGAAAACCACCUCUCUGUGCAGCUGAUAAUCGCCCUAGUGGGAAGAGCCCAGUGGGGACAGUGCAGGAGCCACCCUCCAAAUUACCAGUCCCUGGUGGUGUAUUCGCUAAGAACUCUCUGUGGAGGGGAUCCUAUGAGUACCUGGGGAAGAAGCAGCCGGCUAUGCUCAGCAUCACUGCCUUUGAACCGUUUAGCAACCGGGUUAACGGAACACUCAUCGACCACAGCGGAGUGGAACUCAAACUGGCCGGCACAUAUAAGAGGGAGGAGGCUCAGCUGCUGCUACAGGUCCACCAGAUCAGAGGCCCUGUGGAGAUCUUUGUCAACAAGUUCAAAAUAGACAACUGGGCACUCGACGGACAUGUGUCCUACAUCUCCGCAUCCAACUCCUUUGUGUACCAGGGAUUUGUCAGAGGAAAAGGCUUUGGCCAAUUUGGUCUCCAGAGACUGGAGAGUUUAGAUCCCGGCAGUGAAAACCCAGGCUACAACUUUGCGUCCAACAGCAGUUCAGUGGCGGCAGCCAUCCUAGUGCCUUUUAUAGCCAUGAUCAUUGCUGGCUUUGCUCUGUACCUCUACAAACACAGAAGAAGACCCAAAGUCCCUUUCAAUGGUUACGUGGGCCAUGAGAACACUAAUGGACGAGCUACGUUCGAGAACCCGAUGUAUGACCGCAACAUUCAGCCUACUGACAUCAUGGCCAAUGAGACAGAGUUCACAGUCAGCACAGUGUGCACAGCUGUAUAGCAACUGCUUCCUCCACAGUUAGGGGAGGAGAAGUGCACCACAUCUUCGCCUGCCUGCCAACAGAGGACAUCUAUAGUUCCUCGAGCAGAGGGCAAGACAAGGAUUAUUUUAUUCGCUGACAUACAUUCAAGAAACAUCUCCAGUGGCAACUGUCCUGCUGGAGAAGAGAAAAAAAAAGAAACCAUGUGAAGGCAAGAAGGACUAUAACAAACACCACCAACAAAAUGCUUUUUGUAACUUUACAUGGUUUCUUAAUCAUUUUUCCAUAUUUCGAGGAAAAGCUUCCACCUGAAACUGCAGCCGGCAGGAGCGAUGCUGGAAGCAAAGCUGUGAUGACUUUACUCACCGCCCUCCGCCUAAACCCAAAGGGAAUUUUAUGGUCAACUUUAAGUCAUGAAAAUUGACCUGUAGCUAACAGAGAUCUCUGUGCAAGUGAACUAUAUAGUGGACAGCCCCGUGUUGGCCGGUGUGAGACAGAAAGAGAUUGUCUGGACUGUUUCGAUUCACUCUUCUCUCAUUUGCCUUUUUUUUUUUUUUUUGGCUCUCUUUUUUUAUACGCUGCUUGCUUUCUGUGAUGAGUAAUUGGGAACCCUGUUUUUCCCUUACCGUCUGCUCCUGAGGCUUUUGAAAGGUUUCAUCAGUGGGCCCGAGUCUCUGGUUGAGGAUGAAUUAAAAAUUCAGUAAGUUUUGAAGGCCAUGUUGGAGACACACAUUCUAUCAUUACUUUUUGAGCUUGACUCAGUCCUUUUUUUUUUUUUUGAAGCAGGGAGGAAAUUCUGCUUGCUGAAGCAGCUGUGUCCAGAGCAGGGGUUAAAAGGUAGCUAGGGCUGCUGAAAAAAGCACUUAGUGAGGGUGUAGAGAGAAUGUAUGUGUAUAUGUGAGUGAGUGAGAGACUGUGUGCAUUUGUGUGGCGGCUGCAUCUGCAAUCUACCCAAAAUAUCUCCUGUCUGUUUGAGCCACAAAGAUUCCACCAAACACACAACAGAAUUUUUUUCCCACAUUUAUUUUAGUUGAUUUUAUUCUGAAGAAAUACUGAGGAUUGGGUGUAGGAUUAUCACUAUAAUGGAUGCUCUGGACACACAAUAAAACAAACACUGACAAUGUAUAGAUUCACUGAGAAAAUUAAAACUGAAGCCAGUAUCAGUCUCUAGUUCCAACUUCCAUCUACUUUCUCUUUGUUUGUAGUGAUUCAUGUGCGAUCACUUACACUACAUGUUUGUGUGUGGGAGAGACUGAAAAGAAAGUGUGGAUAGACAAAUCCACCUCUCUAACCGAUGCACCAAAAUAAAAAUGUUAAACGAGGCAAUACUGUCAGAUUUGCUUCGCAUUAGCAUCGGUUAAGACCUUCCUGCCACUGUCACUCUGAGGCACUUGAGGAGAAAAAGACAUUGGCUGGGUCAAAGCAGGGAUGACAACUGCGAUACAAUAUAUUUCCAUGGAUAUAUAAACACCUCGGGACCACAUCCUUUUUACCGUCCUUCAUUUCUAAAAAUCUGAACAAAACUGUAGCAUCCAGUUAGAGAACAACAAGUGGCACAUUCUCUUUGACUUUCUUUCUGAUCCCGGGUCCACCUUCACAUGCUUCUGUGUCUUAAAGGUGGUACGUACUGUAUUUUCCCUGAGAUCAAGAUGCAGUAUGAGCUCCCUACACUUGGCCUCAGGAAAACAAAGAUCAAAGUGUGGUCAUGUUUGAACUCCCUCGAAAUGUGCAACUGAAGGCGCUCCACUCUGAAGAAUGGAUGAGUGAUCUGUUCCCCUCUGGAUUACAUUCAGGUCUUUUCCUCCAAGUUAACUUCUGACAGCUCCAUCCUUUUGAAAAAAAAAGAGAGCAGGGUUGUUUUGUUUUGUGUUCGCUCGUCAUAAAAACGUUGCAGAAGGCUUGACAGCAGGGGAGUUGCUGGCAUGCUGAUUACUCCCAUGCAUUAAAUUGGAAAUGAUAAAUAUGAUAUGGAAAAAAGUGUUUAUGCCUCAACUGGGGAGUGAUAUACAGAAAAUAUUGUUUUGAAAGUGCGACACAGGAGGGAACUGUCAUCAGAGAUAACCGCAGGACUACAUUGGCUUGUGACAUGCCUGUUGAGAAGAGAGAAUUCCAAACGUUAAUGCUUUUGUGACCCUUAUAAUGUGUGAGUGUGUGUGUGUAAAAUGUACAUGUGCGGUGGAGUCCAAGGACAGAAACCUACUGGAUUUCAAACACCCUGCUCCCAGCUAUUUACCACUUACUAUCCCCAUACCUGUGUAUCCUGUGGAUGCUGAGUGGGGUGAAUAGUGCUCAAAUUUCACUGCAGCAAACUGAACCAUUACAUGCAAUUUGUAAGAUUUGGUAUUUAUAUGGCGCGCCCAGUUGCAAUACUGUCGUAACUAAGGACAGCUGUACUCAUGCAUUUUAUAAGAUUACAUCAUUUAAGUUAAAAAACUAGCAAGUCGACAACUUUGAUAGCACAGUCAAACAUCAAGCAAGUGCAGCAAAACAAUAGAUAGCAACCCCACUAAUAUUCCUGAGUAGUCCAACAGCAAGAAGGCCCGAUCGCCGUCUGUCACAAAGCCAGUUGGAGAUUUACCCCUCUCUAAUGGCCCCUCUGUCUCCUCGCCUCUGUCAUUUGCUAUGUCCAUAGAACCUGUUCAGUUUGGUCACGUUAGACACCGGCACCACCCUCCUGUCACCAGUUCUUAAAAUGUCCUCCUUCCUGUGGUCCAAAGCUCCUGUGCUGCCAGUGUAAACACCAACUUUGCUUAGUGUAGCAUUAAAAGGAUUUUAAAGCUGUCAUUUUAAGGUAGGAAAGUUCCAUAAUGUUGCUUUAAUUCAGGCUUGCUUCACUGUCAAACCCAUAUCAAAUCCUGAAUUCAUCUUGCCAUUAUGACAGGACAGAUUCUAAAUUAUGUAACGUUUGAAUCCAAAAAGAAGCAGUUUAAAACAUCCAUACUUCUUUGAUUUACCAUGUAUUCUUUGACAUCCUUCUUUUUAGUGAGAAUUAAGGAGGGAAAUGACUUGCAUGGACUUGUUUUGGUACAUUAUCAUACAUUAGAUAUAUAAAUGCAGCUGUGGCUUUCACAGUCAAAAUCAACCUUCAUACCAACAGGUAUUUUUAAUGAAGUCUUUAAAAUCACCUACAGUACAUAAUUUCCCUCAGAAAUCCAGGCCUUUGAAACCAAUCACUGUAUUGUUCCUUCAAUCAGUUUCGCUGUAGGUCGGUAAUUGCUUUUACAAUUUUAUUACUUUUAAAGCUCUCACUUAUCUCAACAGUACAGAUAGAAUAUUGCCCCUUGCCUGCUCUGGUCGUGAAUUGAUGGAAAAGGAAACGAUUGAAUUACCCUGGAGAUUUCACGGGGAGAGGAGCAGUUGCACUCACAUUAUCUUGAAGACAGUGGUACUCAGUUCUCAUAGUUUUGUGCGGCAGUGGCAUUGUGCAUUUCAUUUAUUUUUAUUCUGAAAUGGCUCCAAAUAUUUCAGCAGUCAAUAGCUUCAUUACAUUCCAGUUAGUCUCUUUUAAGGCCACUUUAAAGUGGUCUUUUCCCCUCCAUUCAUUCCUCCCAUGGCAGCAUUUAACACACAUUAUGCAACACAUUAUUAAGCUGCGUUGAGUAUUAAACAAACAAAUGUGAUUAGCCAUUGCAAUAGAACAUGAUGCCCCCGCUCCCUAGAUGAAACUGAUUCUAUUUGACUAGAUUUAGACUGUAGAUUUGGACAAACAAAAUACAGAAGCAUAAGCUCACACAACUAUGAUUGUUUUUACAAAUAAGGGCUCAGUCUCAAUAAAUUCAGAAAUGGUUUUAAAGAGCCAGACUCAUACCUUUUUACAUGUUUGUUUUUAUUACCUAUUCCAGUCUCCAAUAAGCACUUUACCUUCAUUAUAGUGCCUUGGUACAACCCCAUGAUGUGAUAAACCAGCUUAAGUGGCUCCAUUUUUGUGUUUAGAAAACCAAACUUCAUAAUUUACUAAGAUUGGGUGGAUUAUACUGUUUUUCUCUCAGAUAUGAAUUCACAGCUCUUUGCUCUGGUUUUCCAUCAAGUCCUUGUUAUCAUCUCUGCCUGUAUAAGCCCCAACACACAGAUACACACCUGCUGAAGAAACUGGUUUUGAUCUUACAGGAAAAAAUUUAGCUUGUUAAUAAGAUAACAUCAGAAUUCCCCCCCAAUCCUAAAUGAGACAUGGGCUCAUUAGUACUGUAUUUCUAUGUGCAAGGACAAUUGUCUCGGAUUUGUGUGCUUGCCUACAUGUUUGGCUGAGUGUUUGUGUCAUGUGUGUUUUUUGAGAGUUUAAAAAGUUACAUUUUCAACCAAAGAGAGUUAUAUACAUUCAACCAAAUUAGAAUUAGGCAAAAUUACAAAAUGAAGAAAUCUGUUCGCCAUGUUGCUUCAUUUAGUUUCACUAGUUAGAAAAGUUUUUAAUGGGGAACAUGACAUUUUCAAAAAAUUGAUGCUGGGAAUUUUGCAGAAAUGGGAGCUUUUACUUAAUGGGCGCUACAUCUAUAGAAUUUUUUUUUCUUUUUAACCCAUCUGGGUUAGUCCUGAAAGUUCUCAAAGAAAGUUCAGUACAGUUAUAUGAAAAUGAAGAUCAGUGAGUUCUGGAUGGAGCCGUGUUAUAAGAGUUUGAAGAGAGUCUUUCUUGAUAGCAGCUGGCUACUUCCUGGUUCUCUUUGCAUAUUUUAAGACAGAAACUCUGUUCAUCCGUGGUUCAUUUUUGUUAUCAGCCAGACACAGCUCUGAGUCCUCUCCUGCUCACCAUCUCUUCUAUAAUGAAGCACACCACAGCUAUGUUCUUUGAGUUCCCAUUGAGUUCACUGAAUUUUCUCACAGCCAGGGAGUAGACCAAAAGCUUCCCAAUUUCUUUCUGCAACUAGAGCUCUCACUUUUCAGCACAGGCCACAGUGUACGUGUAUUGAAAAAGCAAGCAAUCCAUCAGUCAUGCGGUGUGACAUAUUCUACAUCAGCUAUCAUUUCUAAUCUCCCAUCUUUCAUUGUCACUGCAUAUUGACGGCUACGACAUCCACACUUAUUGCUGUGUUUUUCAGGGCCAUUCCGUGCAAUUUGCCUUCACUAUUCAGCCCAUUUUAGUGUGUCUGCUGGCGCAAGCAUGGGGGAGAGGGAAAGGAGAUGUUCAGAGCUUAGAUGGAUUUUAUUCUAUAAAUGGAGAUAAAAAAUGGACUGGUAGUUCCAUGAUUUGGGAUGAGAUCAGUGGAUUUAAUACAGAAAAACUACUGAAUGUAUUUCAUUUCACUGAGUGCAUCAGAAUUUAUCUAUCUAUACUGUGUUAAUAUCUGUUAUCCCACAACUGCUCCUCUGUUUGUGUGCAGCAGUGGAAAAAUGUGCUGCCACAAUGUGUCAUCCCUGGAAUAAAAACAGAAUGUCCAAUUUAUCUAGAGUAUAAUAUAGCAAAAUAUUUACAGAGAGCUGCUUUUUAUUACCACAGACUUUAUAUUCCUGUAUAUUUUUAAUGGCGACAAAGUUAUUACAAGGUCCCAUGUUUUUUUUUUCUUUUCCAUAACAUUAUUUCAUGCCAACCCAGUAGAUCUCUCAACUAGCCUCUAAAUGAGACUAAAACUCAUGACACCCCAUAGCGCCUAAACAAGAUCAACACGGCCCUUGAACGCCUCAAUAAAACAACAAAACAGUAAAAGACAAAGAUUCAGUGUCGAUGUCUUGCUGUACACCAAAAGGGUUACCUGUAAAGAAAUGGACAAACGUGGACUUGAGCAGACUGUGUGUAACUACAGAGAGUUAACUAUAGAGGGAAAGUGUCUCUAAGAAAAGACGACAUGUUAACGAAUAAAAACUUUUUUUGUACAGAGAUAUAUUUUUAUGAAAAUACAUUUGUAAUAUAAAAAGAAAAAAUGGAUUGACAUAUAUGUAAAUGUUUUUCUUUUUCAUUAUUGUAGUACAAAUGCUAGUGGGGAGUAUAUGAAAAAUCUCUAUAUAUAAAUAUAUAUAUAUAUAUAUAAAUAUAUACAAAGAAAAAUAGAAACAAGGCUUUUUGUAUAUGUAAAAAAGAUUGUACAUAAAAGUUUACAUACAUACUGUACAUAUGUAAGACCCACCAUGGCUUGUCUGCAAUAUAUAAAAUGUAUUUUAUCCGUCUGUAUAUGAUGCUUUGCAUUGUGUCUAAGCUUAUUCUACUUUCUUGAACUUGAAACUUAUUUUGAAGGUUUUGGAAUAAAAUAUAAAACCUA